AAUUACUGCUUCGAAUACGUCCCCCUCGCCCAUUGUCGUGUGCUUCUCGUCUUGAUUCUGCUUUCUUCGUUGUUGGGCCUUCGAAAAGUUGUUCCGCGGUCUCGAUAAGGCUGGGCUGGUUUAGGUUUCACGCCAAAGAGAGGGCGAACUGCAGUGUCACUGCACACCCCGGCCGGCCGUGACGUUGGCCAACAGCUCCCAAUCAACUGGACAGAAGACCGCGAGCCACAAGAUACUUCGACUUCAGGAUCUCUUCGUUUUCCUUUCCCGGGAUCGUCCUCAGGAAACUAGUUUCCACAGCCGCUUGACGGACUCCUUGCUGCUAGACAAGCUCGCCACCUGCCCUUCGGGUAUGCCCCGCAUACACUGCCACAUAUAUAACAUUCCCCGACCAAAUUGACGCAACCCAGCUUUUGUUUUGCCAUCUGCCGCGGGACGAGUCAGAUUCGAAACAGGGUUCGCUCAGAUCCAGAGCUGCCUCCGACCUCCAAUUCACGACCUGCUGCGUACCGGGCGAGCGAGCGAGCGCGGAGGAAAGACUUGAGUUAGCGCCCCAACGCACCCAUUCUCCCAUUCUCCACCGACACCACUGCUGCAGACUCCGAACACAGCACAUAGCUAUGGCGUCGAAGACGCCUGGCGGUGGCAAACCAGCCGCGAGCGAUACGCCGGAAAACCAUGCGAAUGCGCCUGUUGAGAAGGCCCCAGACGAAGGCUCCAAGCUGAAGACCUUCCUGGGCAUCUUGCGGAAGUUCUUGGGCGUUAGCGAUCUAGCUGCGGUACGCUUCUCGCUGCCUGCUCAGCUGCUGGAACCGACCCCAAAUCUCGAGUACUGGGGCUACCUGGAUCGACCAGAGACGUUCAUUAGUAUCGGUGACUCAACCGAUCCGGUUGGACGGAUGCUUGGAACUUUGCGAUUCUGGUUCACCAAAGAUCUGAAAUACGUCAAAGGCAAGCCCGUGAAGCCGUACAACUCUACGCUGGGGGAGUUCUUCAGGUGUACAUGGGAAAUUGAUGACACGUUACCCGAGAUGAAACACCCAAACUCAGCACCAGCGUCGAGCGCCGCUAGCGUGACAUCGAACAAGUCGAGCACCGCCGCGUCGGGGAAUAAGAUCAAGCUCGCCUACCUUACGGAACAGACGUCGCAUCACCCUCCCGUGUCAGCAUUCUGGAUUGACUGCCCAGACAAGGGCAUCUAUGCCCGGGGUUACGAUCACAUUGCCGCGAAGUUCACCGGCACGAACAUCAGAGUCACGGCUGGUUCGCAUAACCUGGGUAUUUUCAUCACGCUGCAGAAGUGGGACAACGAGGAGUAUCAGCUCACGCAUCCGGCAGCAUACGUGGGCGGACUGUUGAGAGGUUCUCUGAGCAUCUCCGUCGCUGACCACUGCUACAUCACCUGUCCUAAGACCCGCAUAAAAGUCAUCCUCGAGUACCUGGGCGAUUCGUGGAUCGGCAGCGCACAAAACAAGGUGCACGGCGUCAUCUUUACCUACGAUCCCAACGCCGAUACGAAAACCAAGGUGAAGGAUGUGCCAGAAGCGGAUGUCAUAGGUCGCAUCGAGGGCUCGUGGACGGACAAGGUCUACUACACGCUGGGCAAGGAGCCGUUCUCAAAGGCUGCGGAGAAGAUCCUGUUGAUCGAUCUGAACCCGCUGAGCCCAGUGCCGAAGACGAUCCCACCGAUCGAACAGCAGUGCAAGAACGAGAGCAAGCGCUUCUGGGAGGGCGUUACGAGAGCGAUUUUGAACAAGCAGUAUGGCCUCGCAACGACGUUGAAGCAGGAGCUGGAGGAGAAACAGAGACAGAAGGCUAAGGAGCGGAAGGAGAAAGGCCAGGAGUGGCAGCCGCGAUUCUUUACUGGUGCUGUUACGCCCGUGGGCAAGCCCGACCUCACGGAGGACGGCAAGGAAGCGCUGAGGAGAUUACAAGCUCUGGACUACACGUUGGAAGAGAACAAGGAAUACGGCGCCUUUUGAUUAUGUCUCCUUCAUUUCCGGUUUUGCAUGAGAGGUAUGGCAAGGCAUUAUACAAGAGACGACGCGUGAACGAAGACCCCGACGUCGUGCGCGCUUUAGAUAGGGUAUAUCUGCUCAGCUUUUUUUUUUUCCUUCUAGAGAAACGCAUUUGGAUGGGCGUUCUGGCGCCUGCUGUCGCUCCUUUAGGCGCGUUAGAAUCUUCAGGGCAGGUACUUUGGGUGGUUGGGACUGCCACGGUCUGUACAGAAGAUGGCAUAGGUUCUUUGCCCGUCAGCUUUGAUGAGAUGGUACUCGAUUCACUCCUUCCGCUUCUCGUUUCUGGGAAUGUUAGAUAGCGCCAUACACAGAUAAACUUGACACAGGCGCCCCCAUACCUCCUUUAUUUUUAUUUUUAUUUUUUUUCCCUUCCA